AUGGCUUUGGGAACAAACUAUGCAGAGGUGAGUUUACAAAAUGAACUGAAGUCCUCUGGCACCAACUCAAAUACUCCUGCAGGAGAAGUCUGGAGCUGUUGCCCAGAGAAUUGGAAGUCAUUUAGUUCCAGUUGCUACUUUUUUUCUACUGAUAAAAAAUCUUGGAAGGAGAGUCAGGAGAACUGCUCUAGAAUGGAGGCUCACCUGGUGGUGAUCAACAGCAAGGAAGAGCAGGAUUUCAUCACUCAGAAUAUGGAUAAAGGGACUGCUUAUUUUGUGGGGCUAUCAGAUCCAGAGGAUAGAUUCUGGUAUCUAGGUGAGCCAAGUAAUAGUGAAGAGCAUUGUGUUGUGGUAAAUUAUCGUAGACAAUGGGGCUGGAAUUAUAUUCUUUGUGAAAGUGUUGAACUAUAA